AUGGAAAAUAGGAACAGUGUGAUGGAGUUUGUCCUCCUGGAGCUCACACAAAAUCCUGAGAUGCAAAAAGUUCUAUUUGUCCUAUUCUUACUCAUCUACAUUGCAACAAUAUUGGGCAAUCUGCUUAUCAUGGUGACCAUUGCAGCCAGCAGGUCACUUACUUCCCCCAUGUAUUUUUUCCUGGCUUAUUUAUCAUUUAUAGAUGCUGUCUAUUCCACCACCAUUGCUCCCAAAAUGAUCACUGACUUGCUUCAUGAGAAAAAGACUAUUUGCUUCCAGUCUUGUAUGACUCAAGUCUUUAUAGAUCAUUUAACUGCUGGUGCUGAAGUCAUUCUUCUGGUGGUGAUGGCCUAUGACCGAUAUGUAGCCAUCUGCAAGCCUCUUCAUUAUUUGAUCAUCAUGAAUCGGAGGGCAUGUGUCCUCAUGCUGCUGGUGGCCUGGACUGGAGGCUUUCUGCACUCACUAGUUCAAAUUCUCUUCAUUUUCCAGCUGCCUUUCUGUGGCCCCAACAUCAUUGAUCACUUUAUGUGUGACUUGUACCCACUGUUGGAGCCUGCCUGCACUGACACUCACGUCUUUGGCCUUUUGGUAGUCACCAACAGUGGGUUUAUCUGCAUCCUAAUCUUCUCCUUGUUGCUUGUCUCCUAUGGGGUCAUCCUGCUGUCUCUGAGAACCUGUAUCUCUGAAGGGCAGCAGAAAGCCCUCUCCACCUGUGGAUCUCACAUUGCUGCUGUGGUUUUAUUCUUCAUCCCAUGCAUAUUUGUGCAUGCACGACCUCCAUCUGCUUUCUCCUUUGACAAAAUGGUAGCCAUAUUUUACACCAUCUUAACUCCCUUGCUCAAUCCUUUGAUUUACAUGUUCAGAAAUAAGGAAGUGAAAAGUGCCAUGAGGAAAGUGUGGACCAGAAUAACAGUGAUUUCUAAUGAAAAAUAA